UAUGAUGAAGCUCCUAAGUUUCUUCUUUCUUUUCAGAGUCAUCUAAUCAGCACUGCUGAUAUCAGUAAACUCAAAACUUUGAGUUUUGAAGAGAAGGGAUUUCCACAAUGAGAGAUCGACUGGAGGAGCUGCAACAGAGGGCUCAGGAGUUGUCUGAGACAACAGCUGACCCUACUAAUCCUCUCUCGGCGGAGGGUGACGGUGAUGAUGAGUCUCCAGAUGUCGGGGGCAUUACACAGCUGGCCAUGGUGUUUGAGGAGGAGCCAGUCAUUCAGAAUUAUCUCUCUGAAGCUCAUCAAAUCCGAGAUGACAUCUCAACACUUGAAACAGAGGUCCUGAAGUUCUGUCAGCAGCAGAAAACCCUGGUGGCAACCAUGCGUCGGUUUAGCGUGAUGAAGAAAGAGAGCAGCAUAACACGAGACAUCAAACUCCAGGCUGAGAGCCUCCACCGUCGUUUAGAGGGCCUUUCAAAAAAAGCCCAAGCAACUGAGGAGCAGCUGGGACCUAACACUGUUGCAGUGAGAAUACAACGCACCCAGCAUGCCGCUCUGCAUCGCAGAUUCCAGCAGGUGAUGCGCCAGUAUAAUGAAGGUCUGCUGACCAAGCAGGAGCGCUGUAAGCACUUCAUUAUGCGGCAACUGGAUAUAUUGGAAAAGAAUGUUACAGAGGAGGUGGUGGAUGAGAUGGUCGCCACAGGAAAUUGGGAGGUGUUCAACGAGAACUUGCUAAAUGAUGUCAGAAUCACACGGUCACAACUGUCUGAGAUCGAACAGCGACACAGGGAACUCUUGAGCCUGGAGAACAAUAUGAAAGAGCUAAGGGACCUCUUCAUGGAUAUCUUCAUGCUUGUAGAGGAACAAGGAGCUGACAUUGAACACAUCCAAACUAAUGUUGAGCGGACACAAGAUUACGUCGCUGCAACUAAUGAGAAGUUCAAGGCGGCUGCGAGGUAUAAAAAGAAGAACCCGAUUCGACAGCUGUGCUGCUGCUGCUGUCCUCCCUGGAGAUGCUGCUUGUGAAACGUGAGAGUUUGUUGCCUCAGAGUUUGUUCCAAAUAACGGUUUAUUUCAAAAAGUCGUGACUAACUUGGAAGUCAGCAACACAAGUGACAUUAAAAGGGAGGUAAAGGUAUCCGAGUUGUUGCCGCUGCUAAAAAAGAGCAAUGGUGGGGAGAGACGCAGCAGAGCACAGAAAACAAUUAAAGAGAAGGGCAGGAAUUGUUAUGGGAAGGCACUUGUUUCUUUCAGGAGGAGGUGAAGCGACUGCGAUUGGAAGAGACAGUUCAGUGAGUUCUACUCACCAACACUACUGCUUAUUGGAGACCUUCACUGUCAUCUGACAGAGGUCACAAACAAGACAAGGCUACUGACACUGCUGGAUCAGCAAAACCAAUAUUCCACCAGUUUCUUUCUUAAAAACAACAAAAAAAACUGUUAUUUUUCUCUGGUAUAAGAUUUCUAGCUAUUGAGGACAAGAAUUUUCUUCAAAACAUGCACUUUACGACUUUAUUUUAUAUUACUGUAUUCAGAGCAGAGGGUUACAGUUGAUCAUAACAAGGGUAAUUAUACUUUUAGAAAGAUAUUUGGCCAUGCCAUAAACUUUAUUUUUUUUCUGCAUGCUGAUUAAAAAAAAUAAGAAAGAUAAUAGAACUUGUAUUACAAUUAGUCAUUAUUCCUAUUUGCAUUUCAAAGUGAUACUUUUUAAUAUAUUUUUUAAAUAUAUUAUUUAAGUAGUUUCAAAGAGGCAAUAAUUUCCCUUAAUAUUAAGCUGUAAUUAUAAAUAUUUCUGACAUUACAAAACCUUCUGAACAUUGUCAAAACCAUUUAGUAGAAUAUGACGCGGCAUUUUAUUUCAGGAAAUAUUACAAUUCUCUACUUUAUUUGGUGCACAGUAUCAAUAUGGUGGAAAUGUUGAGACAUACGCCUUGACACUUCACUUUGAUGUGUUUUAUUCUGCUAGUGAAAGUGAACAAGGGCACGGUGGUUUCGUGAAGAGAACAAGCAAAGAGGUAUAAAUACUGUAAAUUUGGAGUUUAACUCGCACAUAAAAGCAGUACACCCAUAGCUGUUGACUGAAUGAUCUGUUCCCAUUUACAUGGAUUUAGAUAACACCGUUGAUGCACAACCUUGGUGAAGUAAUGGGAAAGCAAAUGCUGAGUAAUGUAUUCACUGUUCCUCUGACUCUCUGGUGAACCGACCUCUAAUCAGAAUGACGAUGGUUUUCUUCAGUGACUCAGAGACCAACGGUGUCCGGUGUCAAUGGCAAAAUACAGGUGCAGCUGGGUGUGUGUGUGUGUGUGUGAAAGCCAGCCUGGAAAAUCCAGUUGGACCACUGUUCCCAGAUGGCUGCGGGACGGCUACAUGUAGGGAGAAGAGUGUGUAAACAAAACUGUAAAGCCCUAACAGAUUGUAGAAGACGUGUCCGGCUCAGUUUAUGAAUGUUCUUCCUUCUCGUGAUUCUGUCUCACGGACAUUGAACUGAGUAGAGGAUUCUACUUUUUAAAGUUAGUUUACUGCCAACUGAAGUUCAAAACGUUUUUUUUUAAAUGUUCUAUAACUAUUUUAUUUAUUCCUUUACUUCUUUUCCUUUGGUUUGGUAGAUGAACAGGGUGAUGAAAAGUGAGGCGUGUCAGAUGACUUCAGCCUUUCGACAAGCAAACUCUUUUCAUCAAGCUGGUUCUCUGUGUUCUACAUCAGGUUUCUCAAAGAUCAGAGUCACAACAUGAAACCAAAGCAUGAAUGCGUCAGAUACUCAAUCUCGAUCGUGUAAACCAGUUCACAAUACAUGUAAUGCAUAGAUGAUACCUAUCUCAUGAGACUGUGAAGAAAAAUGAAGCGUUGCUGCAAAUUCCAAGGUUCCUGAACAGCAACAAUGCCAUCCAGUGUUCAAUGAGGUAACUGCUGGUUCAAAAUGGGUUGUCACUUAACGCUCAAGGGCAUUUUGUGGUUCUCGGAGAGAGAAGGCAGAAAAGUUAAUCUCUUAGAUUUGUUACAGCUGCAGUCAAAGACAUGUUGUCAUUAAGAAAAUAAACAAGUAUGUGCAUUAUCUCUAAAACUAAGUUUUUUUUUUUUUACCUGCUACAUAAGGAGAUACUAGUUUUUAAAUUUGUGUACAUUAUAAAUCAUAUUUCAAACCAUCAAAGAUAUAAUUCUUUUAAAAAAUCAUUAUUUGAAUACCUCAGCUUUUAUGAAUUACUGCACAAAAUCAAAGAUUCCAAAGUGGCCAAAUGCUUUUCACGUAAUCUUGCUUGUAGAGCAUUAGAAAGGAGACUUAUUACAGAAAUAAAAAAAAAA